AUGGCUGUAUUGGAUAAAAUGAACAAAUUUAUUAAGAUUUCUGAUUUAGAUUUUAAUAAAAAUGAUUACGCAAUAGUCCAUCGAAGCAUGGAGUCCGUCGGUGAUAAAUCAAUAGAAGAAAAAUUAGAUGAAUUUGAAUUAUCUAAUGAUGUUAUUGAUGAAAAGGGAAAAUUUCUACAGAAAUAUUGGAAAUUAAUCGGGAUAUUCACGCCUCCAACCGAUUUUGAUAUCAAAUUUCUUCACAAAGACGAUAAUGGUUUAUUUAAAAAAUAUUAUGAAAGUCGAAAAUACAUUAAUUUCGUAUAUGAAAUUCCCAAAGGAUUAUCCAAACAAUUUAUUGAUGUUCAUAAUAAUAAUGAAAAUUUUGAUCCUAAUAUAUUAGAAUUUUAUACAAUGGGACUUUUAAGAAAAAAUGGUAACCAAAUUAAUAGUCUCGAGAAUGCAUUAUUUUUAUCUUGGGCAACUGAUCGUACAUUAUUAAUUCCACCUAUAAUUCUUGGGAAAAAUUUAUUAAUUUACAACCAAUCUUUUAAUCUUUUUUAUGAAAAAUUAAUUUCUCUACAAUUCUAUAAUAAGAAUACAAGUAACGAUGAGCAACCAAAUCUAUUCACUCAAGUGGAUUGGAAUAUUCUAUUUGAUUUAAAAUUUCUUGUUAAUAAUGACAAUAAUAAUGAUGAUGAUGACUUGAAAAUUAAUUCAAUUUUAAGAAAUGAUGAUUUUGUUCUAGAAAAUCUUUAUUUAUCCAUUAACGUGACCAAUUCAGAAGAAGUUUUCUUCAUUCCUGAUAAUACAAGAAUUAAUAAAUUAAAUUUAAAUUCCAAUAAUAAAGAAUUUUUAGAGAUCAUUCAAAGAAAUUUAUUAAUUAAUUUUCAUCAACCAGAAUUAUUGAACAUAGGAGAAUUAAUUAGUAUUCAAUUAGGUGAUUUUCAACCAACCACUGCUCAAAUAUUAGCUUCAGAAUGUAUUGAAUUAUUACCACCCGAAAAAAGAGAUUUUCCUAUAAUUUAUUUUUCCACAAAUCAAUUAUCAUCAUCAUCACCUCCUCCUUUAAAAUCUUUAAAAAAAUUAUUAAAAUUCUUUAAGGAAUUUGAAUUUCCUUGUGUAUUCAAUUUAAAUAAUUUUAUUAAUUAUACUGAUUUUCGACCACAAGAAAAUUUAUUACCAUCAUUAAAAAAAGAAGAUAUAAUUAUUAUUAAUCCUAAAGAUAAUAUUGAUUUAUAUGAAUUCCUUUUACCUUUUAUUGAUGUUAUUGUAUUGGCUAAAAGUGGAGAAUUAUUUGGAAUAGAAGAUGAAAAUAAUAAUCCUGUUUGUUUAAUUUGUAAAUAUAUACAAAGUACUCAAGGAAAGUCAAAAGCUGAAAUGACCGAAGAAGAACUUCGGCAACUUGAGGAACACGAGUUUAACACUGGUCCUUUAUCAGUAUUACAACAAUCAGUAAAGAAUAAUACUCAAAUCUUGAUAAACUGCAGGAAUAAUAGAAAAUUACUGGCUAGGGUUAAAGCCUUUGAUCGUCACUGUAAUAUGGUGUUAGAAAACGUUAAAGAAAUGUGGACCGAAACUCCUAAAGCUGGAAAAGGUAAGAAAUCUAAACCGGUCAACAAAGAUAGAUUCAUAAGCAAAAUGUUUUUACGGGGAGAUUCAUGUUGA